CAUCGUCAUCAUCACACAUUCAAACAGCAACAAACAAAGAAAAAAAAUAAUCAAAACUUAGCAAAUCAGAAGGGCAAAAAUGUCAGGAAGAGGAAAGGGAGGCAAGGGAUUAGGAAAGGGAGGAGCAAAACGUCACCGUAAGGUGCUCAGAGAUAACAUCCAAGGCAUCACCAAGCCUGCAAUCCGCCGUCUGGCUAGACGUGGCGGCGUUAAGCGUAUCAGCGGCUUGAUCUACGAGGAGACUCGCGGUGUUCUGAAGAUAUUUCUCGAGAAUGUGAUUCGUGACGCCGUGACUUACACGGAGCAUGCUAGGAGGAAGACUGUUACUGCUAUGGAUGUUGUUUAUGCUUUGAAGAGGCAGGGUCGGACUCUUUAUGGAUUCGGCGGUUAAAAUUAGGGUUAGGGUUUGUGAUUGUAGAAUUGGGAAUUAUGAUUAGGUUGCUUUUGUUUAUGUAAUGUUUAGAAUGUUUUUUACAUUGUUGUGUUAAUGAAUGAACAAGUUUUAUCAAAUUAAACUCUACUUUUGUUAA